AUGAUUAAUAAAAUAAGUGACAAAUCGAAUAUUAUUGAACCUAGAUAAACUAGGAGUCUUACUAAGGCUUUUCCAUAAUCUAAAAGAAAUCGAGAGACUGAACUUAUUUAUUUGAGUAAAGUGAAUGCAUUUAGUCAAUUGAAAAAUUAUUAAAUUGAUUACAUUUAUAGAUCAAUUAAAAGUGUAGAAUUUACAAGGGGACAUUUAAUCUUCUAAGAAGGAUAAAAAUGUGAAGCCAUUUAUGUAAUUAAAUAAGGGGAAAUAGAAAUAUUUAAAAAAGAACCAAUCAAUCAAUAAAUUGAAUAACAUUACCAAUUAAAUAAAAAAAGGUUUGUUCAUCAAAUGAUUAAACUUCUUGGAGAAUCAACAGCCUUUGGAGUCGGAGAUAUUGUAACUGGAAUCUAUUCUAUUAAUGCUAGAGUAAGUUCACAUUUUGCAGAAUUAUAUAUGAUUAAAGUGUAAGACUAUAAGCGUAUCCUUGAUAUGGAACCAUAAAUUAAAUUAUAAUAAUUGGAAUCUGAAAAUAUGGAUAAUCUUGAAGUAAUAACUAAAUAUUAAUUGCCAUCUCUCUAUGAUUCUGUUAAGACAUCUCAAGCUUAGAAAUAAGAGAUUUAAUAUCUAAGAAAAGUAAGGAAAGGUGUCACUUAUCUCAUUCCAUAAUCCUAAAGAACAGAUAUAAUGAAGAACUCUCACAUUGAUUAAAGUUUAGAAGAAAUCUAUAAGUAUUGUAAUAAAUUUAUUCAAGAAAGUCUGUAAUAUUGCAUCAGAAAAUGUUACCAAACUAUUAAUAAGUAGAUUUAGAUAAUCCUUUAAUAUAAGGUUAAGAAGUAAUAAAUGAUAGAUUAUUGUUGAAUAAAAUAAUUUAGAAAGAAUAUACAAUUAAAAUUCCAAAAGAAUCAACUAGAACUAAUAAAUUACUGUAGUAGAGUUUUAUAUCAUCAUCAAAUAGUCCAAUGAGUAAGAAACUUCAAUUAAUAUUUCAAAAAGAUAAAAAAUUGAAAUAAAAUUAUUCAAUAAAUGAAGUUUCACAUAGAGAAAAAAUAAAAAUUAUAUAAGAUACAUCACCUCAUUCUAGUUCAUUUCGAUCUGCAAGAUUUGAUACAGGUAGAUCUACAUUUCAUGCAACUCCAUUAUUUGAUUAACUUGAUCCAAUAAGACUUAAGUAAUUCAUACCAACAGAACUCUUUCCAAUUUAUUUUCAUUAAUUUAAGCCAGAUAAUCAAGAAUUAAGUUGA